AAGCUUUGGCGGUUGGUCCGUUCCCUUCUCUCUUUCUCUCUUUCUCUCUCUCUCGGAGAUCUCUCGCUCAUCCUUCCCUCUCCCAUGGAUCUCGCCGGCUCUCGGCUUCUCCUCGCCGUUGUCUUCAUCUUCUGGUUCUCCGCAGUCGAGCCAUCGAUCCACACUUAUGAUUUCGAGACGUUCAAGGAGGUCGGCAACGCCUUUCUCCUUUCCGGUGGAAGCGAGGGGAUCGUCGCCUCCCGUGACUCCUCGGAUAGCCAUGGCUCCAGUGGGAUUCAUGAUGGACGCUCCUUCAUCAAGUUUGAGAACAUAACAUUCUGGAGGAGUAAGGAAGCAGCUGAUCAACAUUCUGGUAUGGAGCGUAGUACUGGACUGAUACAGGCUAUUAUAUUUGAAGCAGCUGAUAGGGAUAACAUUGGAGGAUCUGCCUAUGGUGGCCAAAGGUCAAUAUGCUGUACCCCUGAUCUUGCAAAGCUUGAGGGUUGUAGACAAGGAGAAGUAAUUAGAAGACCAUCUUCUGUGGAUUUUAACUGGCCAGUAGUGCUAAAUACGGAUUUUGUUGCAAAUUAUUUAUCCACACAAAUGGAAACCAAAGAGGUUAACAUUACGAAGACUGGAAUGUACAACCUGUUCUUUAUUUCCUGUGAUCCGAAGUUGAGAGGACUCAAGAUGAGUGGAAAGACCUCUUGGAAAAAUCCCGAUGGUUAUCUACCAGGGAGGAUGGCCCCACUAAUGACAUUUUACAUAUUCAUGUCCCUGUCAUAUCUGCUUCUUAGCAUCAUUUGGUUUGCACAGUACGUGAGGUUUUGGAAGGAUAUACUGCCAAUACAGAAUUGGAUGACUCUUGUCAUUGCACUCGGCUUAUUUGAAAUGACACUUUGGUACUUUGAGUAUCUGAACUUUAAUAACUCUGGGAUAAGACCUGUUGUAAUUACAACUUGGGUUGUUACCAUUGGCGCUAUAAGGAAAACAGUUUCACGUCUGCUCAUAUUAUCUAUCUCUAUGGGAUAUGGUGUUGUCCGGCCAACUCUUGGAGGUCUUACCUCUAAGGUGCUUCUUCUUGGCGUAACAUAUUUUGUAGCUUCUGAGUUGCUGGAUAUCGCAGAAAAUGUGGGAACCAUAAGUGAUAUUUCAGGCAAAGCUAGGCUUUUUCUUGUCCUCCCUGAUGCACUCCUGGAUGCCUUUCUUAUACUCUGGAUUUUUACUUCCCUCUCUCGAACAUUGGAAAAGCUGCAGGCAAGGCGGAGUUCUGUCAAAUUGGACAUUUACCGUAAAUUUACUAAUGCUCUUGCGGUUGCUGUGAUUGCUUCAGUUGCCUGGAUUGGAUAUGAGGUUUAUUUCAAAGCUACUGAUCCGUUCAGUGAACGGUGGCAAACUGCUUGGAUCAUCAUUGCCUUUUGGGACAUUCUAACCUUUGUGUUGUUAUGUGUUUUGUGUUAUCUUUGGGCACCAUCUCAAAGCUCUCAAAGAUACGCCUACUCGGGUGAAGCUGGAGAGGAUGUUGAUGAUGAAGAAUCUCAAUCCCUUACCGGCGAUGUGUCACUAGUCAAGCUGGAGAAGAAGGAAAUGGUUGAUGUUUUUAGUCUUGAAGAUGAACCAGAAGAAGAUAAGCGGGAAUAAUUAUGUUUCUUGGGGAAGCCAAAUUGUUCAAUCCAAGAGGUUUGCUGACAAGGAAAAGAUUUACUGGCUGGAAUUUUGCGGAAGCUUGAAUACAAAUUCCCAGUUCUCUAUCCAGGUUGCAAGUGACCAUUAGGUCUUCAAUUUACAGUUCUUUUGUACAUGCUAGAGAAUUACUUGUAAGAGUGAUGGUGUGAUUGCUUGUACUUUGGUUGUUCUUAACAUUUUCUAAAGAGCCCUGUGUUAGAUGGGAUCCAA